UCUGUGAGUGUUUUGCUCUGUUGAGUUGCUCUGUGUUUUGCUCUCACAGUAUUUCUCAACACACGAAGGCCUGUAUUUUAUGUAAAACUGCUUUUGUAUUAUUAUACAGGUUCUGUAAGACAUAAACUUGGCUACUUUGAGCUAUGGCUCCUUCAGAAGAUAACGGGACACACAGGACAGUUUGAUGGAAAUACAGCAGAAGCAAACCUGCGUCACUAGAGGAACCCCGGUCCUGCAUGCUGAGAUGCCGUGAGACAGAGAGCGACACCCAUCAGAGCUGCAUGAUGGUGUAGCUCCGCCCACUUUUACAGGAUGUUGACCUCGGUGGUCUCCAGUAGUAACAGAGGGCGAGCGCUGACCCUAAAGGGCGUUGACCCGGAAACAUGUAUGAUCGUCUUCAAAAACCACUGGACACAGGUUCUGAGGAUCCUCGAGAAGCAUGACCCAGGUCGUGGCGGUGCUGUCAGCCUGCGGUUUGGUCCGAUCCCUGGUGACGAGGCGAGCGCCGUGCAGAACUACGUGGAGCACAUGCUCUUCCUGCUGAUGGAGGAAGAGAGCGGUCAGGGCGGGGCCAUGGGGACCAUCCUGGAGUUUGUGGUGGUGGAGAACGUGAUGGAAAAGCUGUUUUUGUGGAGUCUGCGGCGCGAGUUUACCGACGACAUGAAGCUGGAGCAGCUGCGCAUGUACAAGAUGCUGGUGGCGCAGGCCAAACAACCGCUGCUACACCACAAACCCAUCCUUAAACCUCUGAUGAUGCUGCUGUCUGCCUGCUCCAGCUCCUCCACUGUGGGACCCACUGCUCCCAGCAAAAGCUCCGCGGCAGGGCUCACCUGCACCGUGGGGCCCAGCAGCUCUGCGGUGGAGGCGGAGCUGGUGUCUCUGCUGCAUCAGCUGUGCCAUGUGCUGGUAAAGGAUGCCUCCGUGCUGGAGCUGUUCUUCCACAGCAGUCAGGAUCAGGGAGCUGCCAACUUCCUGCUCUUCUCUCUCCUUAUCCCGUUCAUCCAUCGCGACGGGACGGUUGGCGCACAGGCCAGAGAUGCCCUCACCCUCAUUAUGAGCCUCUCGUCUCAGAACAGCCUGGUGGCCAAACACAUCGUGGAGAACACUUACUUCUGUCCGGUGUUGGCCACGGGUCUCAGCGGUCUGUAUUCGGGUCUGCCGGCUAAACUGGAGGUUUACAGCGAGGGCUGGUUUUGUCUGGAGAAACACGACUGGCUGCAGCUUCCAGCGCUGUUUCAGUUCCUCAACUCACUGCACUUCUGCAGCACUGUGUGCAAGGUGGCUCACCCGUCCAUCAGAGAUCAGCUCCUGGGCUACAUCUACAAUGGUUUUCUAGUUCCUGUCAUGGCUCCUGCACUCCAUAAGCUGACUCUGGAGGAAGUGAUGACGACGACGGCGUAUCUGGAGCUCUUCCUGCGCAGCAUCUCUGACUCCGCCCUACUCCAGACCUUCCUCAUCUUCAUCCUCAGACAUCGCCAUGACAACGUCAGCAUCCUGGACGCGCUGGUCAGCAGGAUCAACACGCCCUUUCAGCUCGGUACGGUCUCUCUGGCUCUGUUCCGCACUUUGAUUGGUCUGUAUUGUGAAGACGUCAUGCUGCAAUUAAUUCUCAGGUAUCUGAUCCCGUGUUCUCAUCUGACAUACACUGAGAGACUCCGACUGCGAGACAGAGACUGUUAUUCCAUCACCGCGUCUGCUCUGCUCUCGCUCACGCCCUCUUUCUUCAUUCCCAAACCCUGCUCCUCUCCACCGCAGCCGCCCAAACCCGACUACAUCCUCUGGUCAAAGGUCACCGAAGGCCUGCUGAGGGGGAACAUGGGAAUGGAUGAUCUGUUCUCAGGUGGAGAUACUGUCGGAUGCUCGCGAAUAACGGCUUCAGAGCCGCUGAUGCACAAAAACUACCUUCAGUACCUGUAUGAUGCACGCAGAACCGUCUGUAGCGCCGUCCAGGCUUGUGGCGUGUGGUCAGCCCCGUACGACGGCCUCAAUCCGUCCCCGGAUGAGUACCAGGACGAGGAUGAAGACAAGGACGAGUGUCUUCCUAGCUCUACUCCGCCUCCUCAAACACCGACUCCUCAUCCACCCUCAGAAACCAGCUCCACCGGUGACCGCGAGCGCGUCGUGACGCUACUCGAGCUGGAGUGGGACGACACGUACGACGCCGCGCCGGACAGAGAACCGACGCCGGACGUCCCAGACGAACCACCAAAACACAUUCAGGAAAUGCGUAAAAGUGCCAUCAUGCUGAUUAAAGGAUCUUAUAUUGAGGAGUCUGACUUUCAGGACGACGUGUUGGUUUAUAAUCUAAUCGCGCAGAAGGAUGCACACGACGACCGGCGGGUGUUCGUCAAGAACGGUCUGAACAAACCAACCCACAAUCACCACAUAAAUAACAAUCAGACGCACACUAAUCACACAGUAAACCAUAAUAACAUCAAAUCUGAUGGAGAACAUCCCGAAUCUGAACCGUUUGUGAACGGAUGUGCUUUUGAGGAUCUGAAAUUGGAAUUAGAGAGUGAUGUUGCACAUCUGGACCACAACUGCAAUGAGAGCAAAACGGCUGAACCUGCCGCAGACGACUUUAUCUCUCAGUGUCUGGAGAUAAUUCGGGAUCUGGGUGGAGAGGAAGAUGCCGUCAUGGAGGAUGAAGAGCAGCUUCAGCGGAUCCAGGAUCUCCUGUAUGGGGAUGAGGAGGAGGAGCUGGACUUCAGCUGCUUCUGUGAGGAUCGUGAGGGUGACGAUGAAGCGGAUGAAGAACUGAAUAAAGCUGAGAGUAAGAAACACGGGAACUCGUUUACAGGUCCGUUCAUCAGCGUCCUGCUGUCCCGUCUGGAGAACAUGCUGGAAAACUCCAUUGAGGUCAACCUGCUGCUGACAGGGAUUUUAGCGCAGCUGGCAACGUAUCCGCAACCACUGCUGCGAGGAUUCCUCCUGAACGUCAGACCCGCGUCUCAGACCGGCACACGCUCGCUCUACCAGGUUCUGCUGUCGGUGGGUCGUCAGAUCGAACAGUACGCAGCGUCCUAUCCCGAUUUUCCUGAGCUGGUCCGUGAAGCUGCCCAGUACCUGCUGCUCAAAGACCAGGCCUUAAAAGAGCAAGAGACAGACAUUCACCAGCAGGAAAACAGCAGUGGCUGGUUCCUAAACGGCCACGUCUCGGGUCGUCCACGCAAACCUCUUCCUCCCUGCCCCAAAAUCCCGCCGCACCUGCGGAACAGAGUGUUCGCUACGUUUCUGUUCGGCGAGUUCCUGAAGGAGCUGGCGGCCAUCGCACAAGAGCACUCCAUAUUACCUGAGCGGACGGCGGAGGAGUGACACACCUCAGAUCGUGAGUUUCCUCUGAUAUCAGCAACAUUUAAAUGCAAACGUCUCUGGAUGGUUUCCCGUGCAUUUUUCUAUGGACGGUCAGUUCUGACCUCAAACAGCCAAUGUGUCAGGUUAUUUUUUUAUGACCGCUUAGACUCAUAGAAGUUCAGUUUUUUAUUUGUUUGUUCAGAUUGCUUGUUCAGAAGUUUUAAACCACUCAGACUGAGGAAACCACUUUAACUGAAGCCUCCUGUUGUGUUAGGCUCAAUUUGAUCCACACUCGAAUUUUCAAACUGCUCAAAAUACUGGUUAAACAAUUUAUUUCUUCUUGAAAUUUGGUGGAUAAUUUUGAAUUCAGGUCAUGAAUGUGCAUGCAAAGUUUUGACACAUGGAUGUGUUUUGGAAAGACUGUACAAAAAUUAUUGCUAAUUUUGUGUUGGGGUCAAUUUGACCCACAGUGUAAUUUAUAAACAGCUUGAAAAACGAAUUAUUUCUCCUUGAAAUUUGGUGGAUAUUUUUAAUUUAGGGUCAUGAAUGUGCAUGCAAAAUGUCAACACAAAGAUGUGUUUUAGAAAAGCUCUACAAAAAUUGAUACAGCUUUUGUGUUGGGGUCAGUUUGACCCAGUUUUAUAAACUGCCCAAGAUACCAGUUAAACGACUUAUUUCUUCUGAAAAUUUGGAGGAUAUUUCUCAUUUAGUCUCAUGAAUGUGCAUGCAAAGUACAUAGAUGUUUUUCGCAAGAGCUACACAGAGUUUAAGAUUUUUGUGUUUGGUCAAUUUGACCCACAUGCAUAUUUUACGUUGCUCAAAAUACUGGUUAAACUGUUUAUUUCUUCUUGAAUUUUGGUGAAUAUUUUUCACUCAGGAUCAUGAAUGUGCAUGCAAAUUUUCGGCACAUAGAUGUGUUUUGGAAAGACUGUACAAAACUUAUUGCAAAUUUUGUGUUGGGGUCAAACUGACCCCCAGUUUAAUUUAUAAACAGCUUGAAAUACUGGCUAAGCUAAUUAUUUCUCCUUGAAAUUUGGUGGAUAUUUUUCACUCAGGGUCAUAAAUGUGCAUGCAAAAUUUCAGCACAUGGAUGUGUUUUGGAAAGGCUUUAUAAAAAUUAUUGCAACCAUUGUGUUGGGGUCAAAUUGACCCACACUGGAAUUUACGAACUGCUUGAAAUACUGGCUAAACUAAUUAUUUCAUCUUGAAAUUUGGUGGAUAUUUCUCAUUUAGUCUCAUGAAUGUGCAUGCAAAGUUUCAACACAUAGAUGUGUUUUGCAAAGGCUAUACGAAGAGUUUGUUACAACUUUUGUGUUGGGUCAAUUUGACCCACAUGCAUAUUUUACGUUUCUCAAAAUACUGGUUAAACUAUUUAUUUCUUCUUGAAAUUUAGUGAAUAUUCAUGACUCUUAGUCAUAAAUGUGGAUGCAAAGUUUCAGCACAUGGAUGUGUUUUGGAAAGGCUGUACAAAAAUUAUUGCAACUUUUGUGUUGGGGUCAAAUUGACCCACACUCUAUUUUACAAACUUUCCCAAAAUACCAGUUAAACUGAUUAUUUUUUUCUCAAAAUUUGAUGGAUAUUUUUCAUUUAGGCUCAUGAAUGUGCAUGCAAAGUUUCAGCACAUUGAUGUGUUUUAGAGCUGCUGUACAAAAAAUGUUACGUCUUCUCUUUUGGGGUCAAUUUGACACACACAUGAUUUUCAAAUUGCUUGAAAUACUGAUUAAACUAUUAUUUCUUUUUGAAAUUUGGUGGAUAUUUUUCAUUUAGGCUCAUGAAUGUGCAUGCAAAAGAUCAACAAAUAGAUGCUGUACAAAAAUGUAUAGGACUUUCGUGUUGGGGUCAAAUUGGUUAUGAUUCAGUUUGCCAAACAUCAACACUUUGAAAAACAGCAAUAAGUUAGGUAAAAGACAGAAAACGUUUACUGUAGCCUGUCAGGCACUAAAAUAUGAAAUACAUGUGAAUUUAUGUAAUUUAAAACUCAAAGUUCACUUGAAAUGGAGACGUCUAUUAAAUCAUCCAAGGAAAAUAAUUUAUUUAAUUAGGUUUCACAAGCAAAAGAAAAUCUGUCAGAGUUUGUUUUUGUUUUUUAUUUUUUGGAUCUCAAUCAGAACUGAAAAUAAGUGUGUGAAACACGUUACCCUCAAAAGGGUUUGAGAAAAAGACCAAAAAGGCACAAAGAGCAAUAAAAACUACUUGCACUAAGUACAAAUAAUGUUAGAUACUAAAUAAAUAAAAAUGCAUUUUGUGUCUGUGAAACAUAUCAAUAUCAAAAUAGAUCCAGAAUAGAUGUGUCUGUUUUUACAUCAAUCUUUAGGGUGUUUUAUAAUGUCAAUUUUUGGCGAAUUACAUAAAAACCAAUGUGGGUCAAUUUCGCCAACAAACAGUAAAGCUGUACUCUAUAUUUGAACACAACAGGAGGCUUAAAAACAAUAGAAACGGUCAAAAAUGACCAAAAAGUGCACUAGCAUUAACUUCUCAAGCAUACAGAUGAGCUCAAAGCUACAAAAAUGCACUUAAAGCCACAGAAGCUUUAUUUGUUUGGUUUGGACGUGAACUUUGGUACUGGCAAUUAAAGCAAUCCGGACCUAAUUUGUGCAAGUGAACCUUCACCAAUGUAUAUCUUGAUGUGUUCAAUGCAUUCGGAGAAAUGUCUUAUUUCAGCAUGUCUGUCAUUUUUGACUGAACUGUUGAAAAAACCAAACUCUUUUUGUUUUCUGUUGAUUCAGAUGUGGGUUUGUGUUUUAUAUGAUUUGAUUAUAUGGGUUGUUAUUUCAGUAUUUGUGUAUAGAUUAAUCACUGUAAUUCAGCCCGUUUUAAACAUGUAGUUUGUUAUUUGUGUAUGUGAAGUAUGUGACUGUGCAUCGUCUUAAAACAACAUUACAACAACAACUACAUUCAGCCGAUUCAUCCGGAAACCUGUGUGUUAUUUAAAGGCGACACAAAAUGGCAUUUACGACUCAUUUACUUCCAUACUGUGAACUUUCCGAGCAUAUUCAAUGAGAAGAUGCAGAGUGUUUUGAAAGUAUCUCCAUAUGAAGAUAAAAUCGUUUUUUACAAGUAUUUUGAUAAAAGAUUAUGAAGACAUUUUUGACAUGCACUGAUGAAUCAUUCAAAGCAACAACAGAACAUGAAUUAAGAAACUCAGUAGAUCUGAUUAUUUUGAGUUCAUGUUCACUUUAAGCACUUCACAAAAAUGAUCUUUGUUCUAUUCCGUUGUUGUCCACCUGAUUUGAAGCCAAUGUGAGAUUUGAAUCCACCGUUUGUUACACGAUGCUGCUUACAACAUUUUCAGAUCAUCUGUAGAUAGUACUGUCACUGCAGUCACUUUAAAUUCAUUUUCAGCUACGAAUGACAGAAUUCUAGAACCAAAAUCUUAAGAGAAGAAUUAUAACUCAAAUGUAACUCCAAAUAAUGUCAGCAGGAGGCUG